AUGGCCGAGCAAUUACGUGAUACAGAAGUAACACCUGGAGAAUUGGUUGUCUUCAACAUUUUAUAUGAUCUGACAGACUUUUCACAUGGCCCUUUUCUCAAAAAUAAUAAAUCUCUUAGUCUCGGAUGUACAUCAAUUGUUGCUGCACAAAAUAAUGGGAAAAUAUUGCAUGGAAGGAAUUUGGAUUAUGAAAUGACACAAGUACUUAAAGAUGCGACUAUUUUAGUGGAUUUUGUUAAAAAUGGAAAGAUACAAUACACUGCAGUAACAUUUGUUUUGGCAGUAGGAAUUAUUACUGGACAAAAGCCUAACGCCUUCACUGUCUCCCUAAAUGCUAGAUUGUUUGUAAAGAUUUAUUUAUCCCUUUUUAAAGACAGUGGAGGACCUAUACUCAACAUUUUGAUGGAAUUAAUUACUCGUUUUAAGCACCCUGUUGCUUUACAAAUACGUAAAACUUUAGAAUUUGAACAAGAUUAUGUUUCUGCAUUGUCUCAGCUUAGUUGGACAUAUAUGAUAGCUCCUUCCUAUUUAAUUGUCGGUGGAAAGGAUGGAGAUGGUGCUGUUAUUACAAGGCAAAUAUUUUUGGACAGACUAGGCGCUGUUGAUGUUUUCACAUUAGAUUAUAGGCAUUACCGAUGGUUUUUGCUUGAAACAAAUUUUGACCAUUGGAAAAAAUCGGGCGAUAAUAGAAGAAAAUAUGGACGAAAAUUUAUGAAGAAAAUUGGAAAAGAAAAUUUAACAGCAAAAUUAAUGUUUGAAAAAGUUCUCAGUAAAUGGCCUAUUAAGAAUGGAUUAACUAUUAGCUCAACAGUUAUGUCAGCUGAAGAACCUAAUUUAAUAUAUAAUUGUACUGCUGUGUGGGGGAAUUGAAAUUAUUUUUUUAUUUUGUUUAAAUUUUAUUCUGCUCAAUUAAAUUAAUUUAAAUUACUGGGUGAAGGAAAUGGGUUUUAUGAUUGAAUAAACCACAGUAUAGAUAUAGACAAAGGCAAAAUUUUUGCGACCUUUGUUUCAGGGAUGUGCCUAAACUGAGUUUAAAAGGCUAAAGACAAAAAGCUAAACAGCAAAUAAGGCGAAAAUCGGCGAAGACUAAGGGCGAAAAUGGCAUAUCUCUGUUAUAUUUGUUUUUUGACGAAGGGGACCGAUUUCAACAUUUAGGCUCGUUACAGUUUCCGACUCUUCCAAUUUC